AUGAAGUUGAUCCUUCUAGGUGAGAAGCUCACCGUAUGCAACGUUCUAGCAACAUUGCUAAACUCCCACAGGGCUCGAGGAGAGACUUCCUCCUCGCAGUUCUUCCGCCGUCUUGAUGCAAUUGAGAAUUAUCUAUGGAGUCACCCAAGGCUCCCUCAAACACCCCAAACUGGCGAAGCAAGAAGUGGUGACUUCACAUUCCCAUCCUCAUCUGAGCAUGAAAGGGCAGAGUUUUCUCACAACUCCACCGUGUUGAUGUCCCCGUCGAGACCUAACCCGGCAGAUAUCUCCCAGCUUAUCAGUGCAAAUCCGUCUUCUUUCAUACCACCAGAACAUGACAUCCCACCCAUGAGUAUUCCAAUUGGCCACACAACAACAACAGAAUAUAUGCUGCACAUGAACAAAGUGAAGACGCUCUUCGGGGAGUUUCCACCAGACCUGUUCAUACGCGCGGAAUCGAAAAGACAUAUGCCGCACCAGCUAUCUUUUGUCCCAGGUACAAUCACAGCGAGCCAGCUGCCAGUCCUCGAUGAAGCAAGUACUUAUCUACUGGUGGAGGCAUAUUUCCAACACGUCCACGUUGAAAUGCCAAUCCUGGACAGAGAUCAAUUUUUGGGGCAUUAUGAUCACCAUAUUAGAGCUGGCCUGAGUGUCGACUGUGACUCUGCGUUAUGCCUUGCGGUUCUUGCAUUGGGAUCUGCAGCUCUUGAGCAAACUGAUCCGACAAAGUCCAGCUCUCCAUACUGGGUGCCUGGGGCGGAGUUCAUUUCACCUGCGUUGCAGAUAUUAAUGAAUGAAUAUUUACUGUCAUUUUGCCCCACGAUCACUCUUCCCCAAAGCUUGAUACUCAUUUCAAAAUAUUUUGGGUUUCUUUUACGCCCUCUGCAAUCAUGGAAACUGAUCCAUAUGGCUUCUACCAGUAUUCAGUAUUUGAAUAGCCGUUACGUUCAUACUGAUAUUGAGGACAGUGAUCUGAUAGCUGAACACCAUUUACCGCGAAGUGGUAUCGAACAUGUAAUCGAUCUGACACCUUUCCCAAGCUUUGCGAACCAUGAUGCCCAAGAAACACAUGUUUUCCUCGCGGAACUGUCCGUCCGUCGUCUGCUGAAUAGAGUACAUCACACUAUGUACGGCAGUGACUGGACAAGGCGUAGCCUUGGUCUACAGCCAGCUUCAAGCGACAGCCCGUCAUAUGACUUCCAGUCACUCUCUACCAUCCUGAAUGUCUCCCAGGAGCUUGACCGGCAGCUCGAUAAUUGGUAUAAUUUGUUACCACGCACGAUUAAACCAGAUAUCCACGAUCCAUCUCGAUGUACUGGCCUUCAACUCAAUAUGCUUCACCGCUUCCACUCCGCCAAGGAUAUCAUAACCAGGCCGUUUCUUCUUUGUGCAAUCGACUCGCCACCCGAAGAUGAUCUUCCACCUAUGGUCCUCAAACAGUGUGAGUCUAGUAUAGCCAAUUGUCGGGCCUAUCUGGAUGCCUCAGUGCGAAGGCUGAUGGGCCCGUCAUUUUCUGCGGAAAUUAUCAUUCAUACGUACGUCCCCAAAUACUCCACACUCGAAUAA